AUGGCGGCACCUCACGUUCUAUUGAUAGGUGGCAACGGCAAGAUUGCACGGCUACUGACGCCGAUGCUCCUCAACAGAUCAUGGACUGUGACGAGCAUGAUUCGCACUUCCGACCAUGUAGCCGACCUCCAGAAACUGGGUGAGAAUCAAGGAGGCAAAUUGAAUGUCCUUGUGCGGAGCCUAGAAGAUGUAGCGACGGAUGAGGUCGCCAAGGAGAGAAUCGACGCUGUCAAGCCUGACUAUGUUGUUUGGAGCGCUGGUGCGGGUGGCAAAGGGCCCCCUGAGCGAACCUGGGCUGUUGACCGAGAUGCUGCGUGUCGCUUCAUCCGGGCAUCGGUCGCCUUACCUUACGUCAAGAAAUUCGUCAUGAUAUCCUUCAUCGCCUCGCGCCUAGAGAAAGCCCCCUGGUGGACCGAUGAGAUGUGGGAGAAAGAGAAGAACACCACAUUGAAGAACUUAGAGCGCUACUGCCAGGCCAAGGUUGCCGCGGACCAAGUACUCUACGAGGAGAGCAAGAAGCGCUCUGACUUCGCAGCUAUCUGCAUGCGACCUUCACUCUUGACGGAUGGGCGUGUCGGUAAGGUCGCGCUCGGUAGGAUCCCUGUAUUAAACGGCACCUCGAGUCGGGCUUCGGUUGCACACCUCACUGCCUUGCUGCUGGAGAACCCCAAUGUCAAGACCACUUGGCUGGACAUGCUUGAUGGCGACGAGAAGCCUGAGGCUGCGGUUCAGAGGUGUGUUGAUGAGGGGGUUGAUUGUCUUCAGGGGGAGCCUUACUAUCCCUAA